AGAGAAUACAUAUGGAAAUGCUUGUUUGUCAUAUAAUAAUAAAUCCAUGACGUCAUGUCAAGUUGAGUUUACAUUUCAAAUAUAAUUUCAAAUUACCAUAAAACAACAUAAACAUUGUCAAUAAUUUUGUUAUAAAACAUUAUAUUAAAUCAAAAUGUCUGCGUCACUUGAUUCAUCAUUAGACCCUAUGGAAGAGAUAAGAUUUCGAAAAAAGCAUGGCUCAAUGUGGAUGGAGAUACAGAAAGAAACCCAUUUCACAUUUGAUGAACUAGAACAAAUAAUGGUAAUUUUCUUCAAAAUACAGAAACGUGACGAAAAGCCCGCUGCAAGCGAUUUAAUAUCAAGAGCUCACUUCAGGGAUGUUCUCCACACUGGUCUGGGAAUGACUGACGCCUAUAUGAUGGAACGGGUCAUGGUGGCACUUGAUCGUGGCACUUCACCUUACGUCACCAUGGCGACUUUUGCCAAAGCCCUGUCACUUUACCUACGCGGUGACCUCGAGGAGAGAAUAUCAUACGCUUUUACCUGCUAUGACUUACUGGGAGAAGGAUCACUUAGACGAGAAACUAUGUAUCAGCUCAUGAAAAAAAGUGUUGCCAAAGCUUCUAGAGAUGACGAUGUUGAAGAAGCUGUGAAGGAAUUAGUAGAUAUCAUGCUGAAGAGAAUGGAUGUAGAUUUGGAUGGAGUCAUAAAUUUUAAUGAUUUCCACGAGUCUGUAACGAAAACCCCUUCCUUGUUAGAGAGCUUGGGCUAUUGCCUGCCCGAGAGACCUGCAGUGUAUUCUUUUAUAGCCACUUGGUGCCCUAACUGGGGCAAAAUGUGAUGCAACAGCGAAAUAAUUAGAAGUUGUCUACUUUAAUGUAUGGACAAUAUUAUAAAGUUGCCUAUUAGUUCUGAUAUCGCUAAACUUUAUGGGUUAACCUUUGUUUAUCUUAUGGGUUAAACAUCAUAUGGCAAUAUUUAAAAUUUUAUGUAUAAUUAGGAUAGCGCAGACAAUACAACAUGUUAUUACUUGUGCAUAUUACAUCACAAAUUCCUUUUGUAUAUCUACUACUUUUGUUUAUACUAAAAAUGUUUUCCCAAAUGUUGCCUGGUAAAAGUACUUUUAAGAUUAAGUCAGCUUUUUGUUAGUUUUUUUCUAUUGAAUAGUGUUAAUUAAUAAACUUUUUUAAACUUA